AACUACACGACCACUAUCUAUAGAGAGAACGGGCUCAGUUCGCUCAGUGCAUGUCCGGCUAGGUGAAAUUGUGUGUUCGAGUUUCAGUUUUUUUUCUUCAGAUUUUUAGAUAAUGCCAAGAUAUUGUGGAGUUCCUAAAUGCAAACGAAACACUACUUACAAAUACACCAGCUUCCAUAGGGUACCUAAGAACCCAUCCCCCGAAUGGGUGGCGGUAUUAAAACCGAACUUUACAAAAAACACUUUCAUCUGCAACUUGCAUUUUAGCAAGAAAAGUUUUAAAAAGGGAAAAUGGAAGGAUAAUGGCAUUGGCAGAGGCCCAUCCUUGAGAAAGGGAGCUGUUCCAUCCUUAUACCCUGAUGUAUCAAAGAAACGAGAGAAAAUGCCACCUCCGAAACGGCGGAAUCGCACUUCCGUCGGAGGCGAUGUAACGCCAGUAAGUGUGGAAGAAUCGCCAUCACCUGUACAGGAUAAGAACGUGACCUCGCUGUCUAUGGAGUGCGUUGAAGAUGAACUGUCAGAUGCUCAGAAGGAUUUCUACACCAAAAAGCAGAAGGAGUUUAAGGAUGCCAUGGGUAAGCUGGAGGAAUUGGUUAGAAAGGGAGCCAAGGUUACCCCCAACUCAGAUAAUUCGGUUACAUUCAGGGUGACUGAAACAUCAACAAGUGUGGGUAACGUUGUGACUAAUACCAGCUCAGCACUACAGUCUGUAACUGGAGUCCCUCCGGGUACUGUGACAACUGUACCCCCGGGAUACAGGCUACUAAUGGACCCUAAAACUGGCAGAAUUGUUGGUACUCUCCCAGCAUCUAGUUUACCCUCCGUGAUGUCCAGUCAGGCGACCCUAGUGACCUCCAGCGGUCAGAUUAUGCGACCAGUUCUAACUGGUUCCCAGCAGCCUAGGGCACAGGCUCCUCAAAUUAUGCAGCAGGCAAAAACUGUUGUCCGUGCUCCAGCUCCUUCAGCAGGUCGAGUUCGUCCUGGAGCUCCUAGUCCUGCUGCUAGAACUCCAGGAGCAGGAGGUCCUGCUUCAAGACGAUCUCCAGCUCCCAGCAGACCAUCUCCGGGUGCAAGAACUCAAACACCUGCCACCAAGACUGUAACUCCUCCUAUAGUUGAUCUGACCAAGCCUGGUGUAGAACCUGUUGGAGCUCCUCCUCUCAGGAAAGUCUUCCCGGCCCUAUCCGUCGUGGCGCGCGCAAACCGAACCAUAUUGAAUGCCGCGGCAAAGAGAAGUGAGUUGGAUGCCAAAGUGAAGACGCUUCUUGUUCACACGCCAGCCAAGUUUACAGAGUGGUUAAUCCAGCAGGGACUUGUCAGGUCUGAGCAGUAUGAAAAACUAUCCAGUGGAAAACUCAAGCUCAAGCUUGGCAUGUACUCAGAUGGGAAAAGGUUCCCCUAUAGUGGAGGUUAUGUUUGGUUGCAUGAUGGAGCUGGUUCAAGAUAUACCAGUGUAUUCAAGGGAAGCAUUUUUGAAAUAGGAACCACCGCCCCUCAGACUGUAAUCAAACUCAUCUACCAUUGGUGCUGUCAGACCAACAUACCCAACGUCGAGCAGUGGGUCAAGGUCGACAAGGCGGUCAUCGACAAGGUUUAUCAGACCGCCAGAGCUAUCUGUGUUGCCGCUGUGCAGGAUGAGGUGGUUAAUAUGGGAGGAGUAGGCCGUGUCGUGGAGAUUGGAGUUAUCAGUCUAGGAACUUCAACCCAGGAUGGAAACAGACGAGAUGUGAGGGUGGAGGUGAUCGGCGUGCUGGAUCGGAUAAACAGGAAUGUGCGCCUGCGCGCGUGUGAACCUGUCCCUGGGUCAACUCAACAAGAGCGUUUUAACAAGAUCUUUGAGAUGAUGCCGGUCUGGGUGAACAAAGCCUCCAAGAUAAUGACAGACUAUAGUGUGGACAAGGAAACCUUGGUUAAUCUAGGAUAUAGAAAUGUUCACCAGUGUAGUCUGGGAGCUUUGAACUCCGCUCGACCUGAACAAACGAACCAACAGGUUAUGGAUUAUCUGAAGAAAGUUGUACCGAAGAUGUACCAGAACACUUUGUCUAACUUGACUAACUCUAUCGUCCAGCAGUUCUUAGACGAGUUGUCCUUCAGGGAGAUGUUUGGUCAGUACUCCUUGGCUUGCUUUGAUUCUAUUCUUCAGAAGAUAUCUUCACAAACACAGGCCUGUGCUCUUAAAGACGAGACAAUGGAAUCCAGAGUUGCGAAGAUUAUUGCAAAUCCGUUCCUGGAUUGGAGAUACUCAGAGAGACCUGAUAUAGUACCAGUACAGGGUAGUCCUGUGGUAAUACGAGCUAAAUCUACCAACCAAUCUACUCCUAUACUUCCUAAACCCUCCCCCAGGAUAGAUACAGGAGCUAAGAGAUCUGUGACCCCAGAUGCUGAUGCUGAAUCCCUUAUUGCUAAAAAGAUGAAGGUUUGUAAGGAGAUGGUUGAACUUGAACCCUACUACUAUGCAACCCUCCAGGGAGAGGCAGACGUAUUGGCUAUGGAGUUCAAAGCCGACAUGGCGUUCAAGUGUCACGUGUGCAAGAAGGUGUUUAUGAACAAUCUCGAGUUCAUGAAGCAUCUUCAUCUUCAUGUAGAAUCUGAAAGGGAUACUCCAGCUGCCGUAGAUCUGGUUGAUCUAACACAAUGUAAAUACUUCUAUAUUGAUAUUAAUAUUGCUAGGGAUACUCCAGCUGCUGUAGAUCUGGUUGAUCUAUCACAAUGUAAAUACUUCUAUAUUGAUAUUAAUAUUGCUAGGGAUACUCCAGCUGCCGUAGAUCUGGUUGAUCUAACACAAUGUAAAUACUGCUAUAUUAAUAUUAAUAUUGCUAGGGAUACUUCAGCUGCCGUUGAUCUGAAUAUGGUUAACAACUGUCUGAUCUGUAACUUCAGCUGUCUAACUGUGAACAGACUGAUCAUGCAUAUGUUAAAGGAGCAUGUUAAAGCUGAGAUGCCCUACUGCUGCCAGGGAUACAAUUCGUCUAGUGCUGUCUCAUUCAUGGAACAUCUUCAGAAACACGAGGACACUAAGAAGAAGAACUUCAAGUGUAAGAAAUGUUCUCUCGUGUUUCUGAAAGAACUUCAACUUAAAGUUCACCUGGAGAAGGAUCACGUCUCGUAUAAGGAGUUUGAUGAGAUUGAACCAUUCCAAGUUAGCUCAGCAGAUGCUUCCAUUAAGAUGCCUAAACCUGAUGAGAAGAAUAUUAUCAAGCUUGCAUCAAGGAGAACAGGAUCUGGCAAGAGUAUGAUACCCCAGCAAGCUGCCUUUGCUGCCGUUAAUCUUGAAGAUAUGGCGAUCUAUGAUGCAGACAGGGAAAAGUGUUGCGAAUGCGAAAGAACAAUGACGAGCACAGGCCACUACAUGGCUUACCUCUGCUGCACUAAAUGCAGAUAUUCAACUUGUUGCAAUAAGGCGAUGAGUGUUCACUCACAACUCUUCCAUUCUAAGGCUAAACCGGAGUUUAAUCUUGGAAAACCGGUUUCCCUUGACUCUCCGCUGUUCUGUUGCUGCGGAUACAAAUCUAUGAGCGGACACAAGAUGGCGAAACAUCUUGCUAUAAACAACUGCAGGUCUGAAACAAGUUGUCGGGUUCAAAAUCUAUAA